CGCACUCCUAACAGGCACGCAGGAAGAUCGCUCGUGCUGAGUUAAGUCCUGUAGUCCUUUUAGUAGGUAAUGUUCAUUUUGACAUGAGCGCGCACUGUCGCGCGACCUACUAACGUCAGUCUCCGUAACUGUAAUUAUCAGAAGUGAUUAACGACGAAUUAAUUCCGUUCCGUUCGCUGAGUUAUUCUGCUUCGUGUUUUGCCAUUGCGUUGGAAUAGCUGAGAGAAAGAGAGAGAGAGAGAGAGAGAGAGGGCGAUAGAGCUCACAAGCACCGCUCGAUGUGUAAGUGACUGCAGUGAUACCCAAUAGGAUCCUUGUUCUCUUUAUUCUGAGUCAAAGCGCCUCGGCGCUGCGAUAAACAACAGUCCACAUCAGCGCACGGGACGAAACGUUCGCCUCCUGCUGGAACACCGGUCCCGGUCCGAGCUACGCACGGGCUCUGCGCCGCUGCCAAAUAAAGAGCGAGCGAGUGAGCGAGGAGUCGCAGCGAUGCCAUCCUGCGCGCAAAAGCGGCAGCCACGCGCAGCCCCUCUCAGCACAAAAUAACUAUUGUGGGGGUCGAGGCGAGCGAUAGCGCAACUGCCCCCGCGCACAGCAGGCGGGCGAGACAGAUGUAGUCGUCAUGUGUCACGGCUGGUUCGGUAGCACAGGGACCGACGCUCACCGUCCGUGAAGUCACCGGGCUGCUCCGGACGGCUGUCUGAAGCGCUGCACUACUGCAGAUCCAGAUCGGGAUGCCAUAUAUUAAGAACGUGCACACAAGAGCUCUGUGGCGCGCGCUUCUCUGGGGACAGGUGCUGUUGUGCGUGCUGGGGGGGUAGCUGGAGGACGGAAGAGCGAGCCGCUACACAGUUGUCUUGAGGAUGUCACGGCGGCGGGGAUCAGAUCUGGACAGAGACAGGUGCGACAGCAGGAAGUGGCUUUGAAACGGCACGGUAACAGCGGACCCCUCCUCUUUUCGGUCAUUCUGGAGCUUAGCGUGUGGGAGGCGAGAUUCAAGUGAAGAGCCCAGAGAACCGGGUUUGCCCUCUACGAUAGUUGCUGCAUCAGGCUUCUGCUGCCAUGGAAACCCUGUUUGGACCUUUUCUCGGACUCUCCUGGCUGGUCUGGUGGGCGUGUGCCGUGUUUCCAGAUGAGCCGGGACCCCUGAACACCAUCCCCACUGAUGUGGUGAGAAAAUAUCCGGUUUUUCUUGGCCGGCCACACCACUCAUCUCCAAGGCAGGAGCCACUUCGCCUCCAGAGGGUCCUGCAGGUCAACAGGACACUCUAUAUCGGGACCAGAGAUGACCUUUUCAGAGUGGAGUUGGACAACGUGUUGGGGGAUGAGAUGUUCUACAGUAAGAAGAGAACAUGGGAGUCCAACAGAAAUGACAUCAGGAUAUGCAGGAUGAAGGGCAAACAUGAGGAUGAGUGUCGUAACUACAUUAAGGUCCUGCUGAACUGGACUGGUGUGAGGGGGGGGCUGUUCGUCUGUGGCACAAACGCCUUCAACCCCAUCUGUGCCAAUUAUACAGGAGACACUCUAGAGAUGGUGGGCGGAGCUAUCAGUGGGAUGGCCCGUUGUCCUUAUGACCCUAAACAUGCUAAUGUGGCUCUGUUUGCAGGUGGGAACCUCUUCACUGCAACGGUCACUGAUUUCCUGGCUAUAGAUGCUGUGAUCUACCGGAGUCUGGGGGACAGCCCCGCCCUGCGCACUGUCAAACACGACUCUAAAUGGUUCAGAGAGCCGUACUUCAUCAGCGCUCUGGAGUGGGGACCACACGUGUACUUCUUCUUCCGGGAGAUGGCCAUGGAGUUCAACUACCUGGAGAAGGUGGUGGUGUCACGCGUGGCCCGGGUGUGUAAGAGUGACCUGGGUGGUUCCCAGCGGGUCCUGGAAAAGCAGUGGACGUCGUUCCUGAAGGCCCGGCUGAACUGCUCCAUCCCGGGAGACUCCCACUUCUACUUCAACCUGCUGCACUCCACCAGCCCCGUGCUCCACCUGCACGGCAGGGACAUCAUCCUCGCCGUGUUCUCCACGCCCUCCAACAGUAUUCCUGGUUCGGCAGUGUGUGCUUUUGAUAUGGAACAACUGGCCACCGUUUUUGAUGGCAGGUUUAAGGAGCAGAAAUCUCCUGAGUCAAUAUGGACACCUGUGGCCGAUGAAGCCGUCCCCAACCCCAGGCCAGGAGGGUGCGCUGUCCCAGGCUCCAGGUUCAACUCUUCAACCGCCUUCCCCGAUGAAAUGCUGACCUUCGUUAAGACGCACCCUCUGAUGGACGAGGCGGUGCCUUUCCUGGGCCAGGGCCCAUGGAUCGUGAAGACCAUGGUCAGAUACCAACUCAACAAGAUGGUGGUAGACACCAACGCUGGUCCCUAUGGCAACCGCACUGUCCUCUUCCUGGGCUCCAGCCGUGGGACCAUCCUGAAAUUCCUGGUCGUCCCCGACCGGGACAGCACCUCGUCCAACGGAAACGUCUUCCUGGAGGAGCUGGAGGCCUAUAACCCGGAGAAGUGCGGGCCGGACACUCCCCAGAUGAGGCAGCUGCUCUCCAUGUCUCUGGACUCCGUCAGCCACACCCUCUUGCUGGCCUUCCCUUCCUGUGUGGUGCGUCUGCCUGUAGCCCGCUGCCAACUGUACUCCCACUGUAUGAAGAACUGUCUGGCCUCCCGAGACCCCUACUGUGGCUGGACCAGAGGCGGUACGUGCUCCUUCCUCCGGGCCGGCACCAGGCUUCCCUUUGAGCAGUAUGUGGAUCGGGGAAACACCUCUCACCUGGGCGACUGUGAAGGCCUCCUGCAGGAGAGUUACGUGGAGGAGCCAGAUGGCCUGGUGUCAAUCAACCUGCUGGUGAUGUCGGCGGUUUCAGCGUUUGCCACGGGGGCGGCACUGUCAGGCCUGAUGGUGUGCUGGAUCAUGACGGUCAAGCAUCGGUCCAAGGCAGGCGGGUCCGGCCAGGGCGGCCGUCACAAGGGCGACAAAGAGCAGGGCAUGCUGGGACAUGGGCGCCGCGGUUCCGGGAUCAGCGUGACGCGGAUCAGCGGCGGCGAGAGGCCUCGUUCCCAGGUGGACAACCUCUUCACCAACGGGUGGCCCAAGGCGGGGGACCUGGAACCGGGUUUACCCACCCCUGAGCAGACCCCCCUUCAGCAGAAACGCCCCUCGCCAAACGUGCACCUGCCCGACGCCGACUGGGACCAGAGCCAGACCUUCAUCGCUCAGAUGGGUCCGGGAAACACCGCCGUCAUGUACCUGAGCUCCGACUACCUCCAGGGCAGCGGUGGAGGGGGCCAGGAGGAUGCGGGCGAGCCCGUGCCCACCGUGGACCGGCAGCGGUAUCUCAUGCUGUCUCACCCGCUCAUCCAGAGGGGACAGGAUGGGCGCCCGUCGGCAGUGCCGACGCGUAACUCUGCAGGCGAGUACCGGCCCGUGACGCCACAGGACUCGCCCGACCGCAGGAGGGCGGUGUCGGCGCCCGGCACGCAGUCGGACUACGGAGACCCGCCGCGUUGGACCCGCAACGGGCUCGGCUACAACAGUAACAACAGCACGCCCCCCGUGUGGCACCACCAUUACCCCGUACAGCCACGCACCAACGCCGCGCUCCCGCGGCCCGGCCUCCAUGCCGCCAGGGGACUCAGCGAGCCGCGGGACUAUGGCCACGCACCCGGCGGCCAGUGAGGCGAGUUACGGUGACUCUCCUGCCAUGUCCCGCCCGGUCUGUCUCCAAAAACCCACCUCCAGGACCACAGCUGAAGAGAGUGAUGAGAGACUGAGGACAUGGAGGAGUGAGACCUGCAUUCCUCACUGCCUCCACUGCCUCGCCGCUCACCCACGAGAAUACUGCGCGCCUCUGACUGGAGAGCAGGAAGCAUCUCACUUGACUCGUUCUCACAGAGAUGGUCAGUGGAUGACCUGGUCAAUGUGUGUGUGUGUGUGUGUGUGUGUGUGUGUGUGUGUGUGUGUGUGUCCUCGAUGGAACCGAGCUGCCACGAGACCGAGGUGAGCUCAGAUAAAGUACUCCAUUCACAGAGAAAACGUGAACACGGAGGGUUGAGGCUGCUCAGCUGUGACCCCAACACUGGAGCUCCUCCCUUAGCCUGAUGUCACCUGACUCCACCCACCACCUGACUCCAUUCCCAGACUUCCCUUUUUAUCUGUGUAUUAUGAAGCAAUGAAAAUUCAACUGCCCUGCGACCUUACGUCUAAAGACGUAAAGUGAUUUAUGUCUAAAGACGUGCUUUUCUGCCAGACAUGUGUUGGUAAACAGAACCAAAAACUGUGGAAAUUUGCUGCUCUGCAAACAACAGUGGCCAGAAGCCAGGGAACCGCUGGCAGAACUCUGGGACGGUAUUGAUAUUAAUAUUAAUAAGAGUGGUAAUUGAGAGUGGGCCCAUUUGGUGUGUAUGUGUGUCUGUGAGAGAGACCCAAGGUCAUUGCGUCUGGUGUGGGGUUUGCUGCUGGUCGAACUCUGAGCGCUGUGGUCUGUCUGUGGUCUGUCUAUGGUCUGUCUGUGGUCUGUCUGUGAUCUGUCUGUGGUCUGUCUGCUCUCAGGGCCUCGUGGUGGUUCUCUUGUUUUUGGUCCUUAUGCCUCACUGCCCAGACGGUCUUCUCUUUCUCUCUUUCUGUUUUUUUCUCCCUCUUUUCUUCUCCUGUCCCUCCCUGGUUUUUCUUUCCUUAUGUGAAGAUCUCUCUCUCCCUCUCUCUCUCUCUCUCUCUCUUUCUCUCUCUCUGUUUCUCUCUCUCCCUCUCUGUUUCUCUCUC